ACGAUCGCCAGUGUACUGGAUUUCCCCCGCUGGAGAUGUAAAUGUAACCCGUCUGUUGGUGCGCUUCAUAUCCGUGUUCAGGUGAUCAUCUCGGAUGGUGUGUUUGGAUAACUUUGAUAAUGGUUAGGAACAGCUUAUCUGAACGCCGCCAAAUUGGACUCGACUUUUUUGGGUUUUUAAAGGAGACUGAUCGAGCAUCCAUCGUAAACAGACUGGAGCUACGAGAAAUUUACAACCAAAAGUUCAAGACCAGGGAUGCAGAGCUAAAAUAUCCAAACUUUGGUUCGGUCCUUUAUGCGCUGAAGGUGUCCGGCAAAAUAACGAGACGAAAAGACAACAUUUACUUCAGCUCCGCGGUCAGAGAGCUCUAUGUAGACCAGUGGCAGAGACCCAGGAGGCGUCAGCCACAGCCUGUGCAGAAUGGGGCAGCAGGUCCAGGGCCAGUACAGAAUGGGGCAGCAGGUCCAGGGCCAGUACAAGUCACAUCAGCAGAGGGGGCAGAAACAGGAGUUCGAGACCGCAGGAAACUGGCUAGCCUUCUGAUCAGUGAACUGAAGACACACAGGGCUCUCUUCAUCUCGGACAAACAUGGUGUCAGCAUUACAGCCGAAGAGCCGUUUGAGGAUGGGAGACUUCAGCUAUGGGUGGAAGACACACAUGUUGAUGAGUAUGUGGUAAAACUGACUGUGAACAACACUCGAACAACUGCUGUACAUUUCACCUACUACACCUCACUGCAGUGGCUCGGAUACUUGACUCUAAGAGAUGAGAGCAAAGUGACCAAGAAAAACCCCCUGUCACUACAACCAGGUGACAGUUAUGAAAUCCAGGUUUGCUUUAGCUGCAAAAUGGUUGGCUUCUAUCCAGCUACACUGGCCUUUGAAUUCAAACCAGAUUUGAAUGACUCAGAUGCAUUUCACAUCGUCCGCUUCUUUGAGGCUAGAUGUGUAACUGCCUUAGGACGGGAGCUGGCACCUGUAGCACCCUACAAACCUCUCUCCCUUCCUGCCUGGACCCCUGAAGUUAAAUGCAUGAUUGUGGAUGGUCAGCCACCUGAAGGGUUGUCGGUGCUGAGACUAAGAAAUGUGGUGCCGCUAAGAGAUUAUAAAAUACCACUAUAUAUGAACGAGCUCAUCAAGUUACUCAAGCAGCCUGCUGGCGUCUCUGGCAGAAGAAUGGCCUUGCUGGAGAGUCCCUUGAGCUGGGAGAACUACUGUGAGAAAUUCCACUUGCUGCUGUUUCUGGAAGAGCUGCAGAUGGAAGUGGACAUCAAGAGAUACAACAUCCCCAACAAUGAUAAAGAAUAUGCCACUAUGGUCAGAGACCCAGCAAACAAGAAACUUCUCAUACUAGAGGUACCUGGUGUGUCUGAGAACCGGCCAUCUGUGCUACGAGGAGAUAAGCUGCUGGUGUGUCCUUUAGGAGAGACAGGGGUGAAGUACUGUGGCUACGUCCACAGCGUGCAGCUGGACUGUGUCAAACUGGGCUUUGAUUCAAAAUUGUUGGAUCUGUUUGUAGACAACAUGAAGUUCAAGGUUGAGUUCACUGUCAACCGCCUGACUCUGCGUCUUCAGCACAGGGCUGUAGACCUGGCAAUUGAAAAGAGACUGGAAAAUGUGCUGUUCCCUGCUGCACCCAGCUACUUCCCUCCACCAACUGAGCUUCCCAAACUCAGGCUGUUUGACUCAAAGUUGGAGAGGAACCCAGAGCAGUUACAUGCAGUACAGCGCAUUGUAGCUGGCUCAUCCAAACCUGCUCCUUACCUGGUGUUUGGCCCACCUGGAACAGGCAAAACUGUGACUCUGGUGGAGGCCAUCAAGCAGAUAGAGAAGACCCAGGCCUCCUGCCACAUCCUGGCUUGUGCUCCCUCCAACAGUGCUGCUGAUCUGCUCUGUACAAAGAUUCUGGAACACGUGGACCAGCAUAAAGUCCAUCGCAUGUACGCCAGCAGCCGGGACCCACAAUUAGUCCCUAAAAAUCUAAAGGAAUGCUCUAACCUAGAAGGGGACCACUAUGUUUUUGCUCCUAAAGAGAAGCUGAUGGAGUAUAGGAUUAUGGUCACCACCCUGAUAACUGCUGGAAGGCUGGUCACAGGAGGCAUUCUGGAAGGACAUUACACUCAUGUGUUUGUGGACGAGGCAGGACAUGCUGUGGAAACUGAAUGUUUAAUCCCAUUGGCAGGGCUGCUGCAUGCUGAGUCUGGUCAGGUUGUUCUGGCUGGAGACCCCAAGCAGCUCGGACCCAUCCUCAGAUCCCCUUUUGCACUGAAAUACGGCAUGGGAGUGUCCUUCUUGGAGCGCAUGAUGAAUGAUAUCCCUUUGUACCAGAAGGAUCAGGAGGAUGGGUUCAACAGUCGCUUCGUCACCAAAUUGCUGCGUAACUACAGGUCCCAUCCUGCCAUUCUGAAGGUUCCUAACGAGCUCUUCUAUGACAACAAGUUACAGGCUUGUGCAGAUGAAAUUAAACGCAACUCCUACUGCAGAUGGGAACACCUCAAAAAGAAGGACUUCCCACUGAUCCUCCAUAAUGUCACUGGCAUUGAUGAGCGUGAGGCCAGCAGUCCUUCAUUCUUCAAUGUGGCAGAGGUGGAGGUGCUGAUGAACUAUGUGAGGAAACUGCUGGAGACAGGAGGCAAGAAGGGCCUGGCUACCAUCUUACCCAAAGACAUUGGUAUCAUCGCCCCCUACAGGAAACAGGUGCAGAAAAUCCGUAAGUUCUUGGAAAAGGUUGGGAAAGACCUCAAACUGAAGGACAUAAAUGACCUUAAGGUUGGUUCAGUGGAGGAGUUCCAAGGUCAGGAAAGGAGAGUAAUCCUGGUGUCUACAGUUCGGAGCAACACCAAGUACGCAGACUUGGACAGAAAGUUCAGUCUGGGCUUUGUCAAGAAUGAGAAGAGAUUCAAUGUGGCUGUGACACGAGCCCAAGCCCUGCUGAUUGUGGUGGGAAACACCAGAGUGCUGAAGACGGAUACUACCUGGAACCGCUUCAUCCAGUACUGCAGAGAGGAAGGAGGCUACAUUGACUUUGGGGCAGAUGACGAUGAUGACGAGGAGAACAUGAUCGAGAGGUUCGCCAGCCUGUAUCUCGAUAUCAAGCCUGAAGUUGAGACUGCGGAGAGCGCCAUUCAGCAGUCUCUGCACCCCGAGUGGAGGAACGACCUUUGAAGAAAAAGAGCCGACUUCAUCCAUGGCACCUGAAGGAAUUCAUUUGCCUUCCCCUUAUAGAUUUCUAUAGGCUUAUAGAUUUCUACCUUUUGUACACAUUCUUCUGAGGGCUUUGAUACCUCUUUAAAAAAAUACCAAAGUAUAUUGUUCAACUCAGGUUAGUCUUUUUAAUUUCAACUCGAGAAACAUAGACAGGAAAGUGAUUCAUGUUUAAAGCAGACAGCUUGUCUUUGGUUACCUCAGUGGGCUGCACAAACACCACUUUCAAUUGGAACAGUUUCACUUGAAACAGAUGCCAACAUAAAAUUGGAGAAUGAAUUUUAAAAGUAAUUUGGUUCUUUAAAAUGAAUUUUACAAUCAUGUGUAUUUACAGUUUGUCCCUGAAUUGAAUGUGUACAGAUAUUUCUAUUAAUUAAUAAAAAUUAAGUAUUUAGAACUGUUUAUUUCCUGAUCACUUUGGCAUUUGUUGGUUUUAGUUUAAUGGAAAUGGAGUCUUGGGUUUCUGUUAAAUGAAACAGCAAUUUUUGGGCUAUAACGUGCAGCCUCACCUGUACAGUCCUUCACCUUUUGCUAAUGAAAAGGUUUGACCAACAUGCCAGGAUAUGAAUUUAAACCAGUUAAGAUUACGUAGUAUUUCAAAAAUACUUUAUUAACAUGUUUGUCACAUUCAGCACUUCUCACUCCCGUUUGUAAAGCAUCAUCACAAUCAUUUGCUCUUGACCUGUUUGACAUUACAGACGUAUAGAGGCACUGUCCAGGAAUUAGCCCAAGACCACAACAUUCUGAUCUUGGUGGAUCUGAAUGUACUGGAUAAAUGAUAUCAAUGUAAGGACCAUCUCGUUCACUUAAGUGUGUUCAGGGCAGGACUACAUAUAUUCACAAUGUCAUACCGCCUCAAAUAUGUUCACUUUAACUGUAUCAGAGGGCUGCAGGUAAGAUGGGAUGGUUUGAUGAUUCCGUCACUGUGGAAAGUUACUGUAGUUUAAAUUUUACUUUUUUUAACCACUUAAAAUUGACACUUGGACUUUCAUCCCAAUUUUGUUGCAAUUUGUUCAGAUUGGUGUAAAAACUUCAAACUUAGAUGUCACAUUUCAAUUUUGAGCCCAAAGACAGACACACACCCUGUCUUUGAGGUUGGCUGCACAGGACAUUGUCUAUAAGGGCCACACAAAAGGAACUUUGAACACUGGCUUAGAUAUCCUCAUUUGUUCAAUCACAUUUCAAAGAAUUUUCCCAUAGUGUAAAAUGAAGGGGUAUUGCACAUCGACAAGCCCCAAUUUCAGAUGGUCAAGACUGCUACUGAUCUGCUGAGCACAAAGAAGAGUGCACAUUAGCUGAGUAUUUAUACAGAAUGGUCCUGUCUGAAUAUUAAUGGCUGUGUAGUGUGCACCCAUUAUGUGCAAAGCACAGAAACCUGUAGGUUACAGUGUGCGCUCGUCCUCAGUUAAUCCAGUACACAGUGGUACAUCACAACCUCUAGUGGACCUGAAACAGUACAGAGUUCAGACAGGACAGCAGGGUUUGCUGAGGGAAGGCAGUGGUGAUGUCUGUCAGAGUCAGUAUGAGCAUGACUAUGAGUAUUGUCUCCGUGACAAUAGACCAGUGUCUCUAGUGCCAGUUUAAGCUAGCACCAUGGAAGACAGACCAAGGUGCAGCCCAUAACGACCUCACACAAAUAGCUGUUGCAGCUUCAAUUUAUGUGGGUUUCUAUGGAUUAAUGCUGUGAUCAUGCUCUAAAUUUAGUUCUUGCCAGAAGGUAGGAGGAGAAAAAAAAAA